CGGCUGGAACGCGCUGCGUGUUUCCGGAAGACGUGGCCACUGCAGGAACCUCUCCCGGACUGACAGCCGCCUCUAGCCCGCCAGUCGCCCCGACCCCGGCCGCCUCCAGCCUGAGAGACGCCCCGGCAUCAGAAUGAUCUCUCUAACAGACACCCAGAAGAUCGGGAUGGGCCUCACCGGCUUCGGGGUCUUCUUUCUGUUUUUCGGGAUGCUGCUCUUCUUCGAUAAAGCUCUGCUGGCGAUUGGGAAUGUGCUGUUCGUGGCCGGCUUGGCCUUCGUCAUCGGCUUGGAGAGAACGUUCCGCUUCUUCUUCCAGAAACAUAAAGCUAAAGCCACCGGCUUCUUCCUCGGCGGGGUCCUCGUCGUCCUCAUCGGGUGGCCUUUAAUAGGGAUGGUCCUCGAAAUCUACGGCUUCUUUCUGCUCUUCAGGGGCUUUUUUCCGGUGGUCGUCGGCUUCAUCCGAAGAAUACCCGUCUUGGGGUCGCUCCUCAAUUUACCCGGAAUCAGUUCGCUUGUAGACAAAGUUGGCGAGAGUAACAACAUGGUAUAACAGACCGGCGCACACGCUAUUUACACGCACCUUUCUGCCAGGAAAGUGCAAACCAAGAUUAACCUGUUACUUUCCAGCCGAGGGUCCGCAUCAUGCAUUAGAACUCAGUAUGUGGGGCAGACUGCAGCCCGCGAGCCGUCGGAUGAACCGUCUCCGGAAGCUUCCGGCGGAUCCGGGAACAUAACAGGAUUUCAUUUUAUUUAUGGAAACGCGGAUGAAGCACGAGAGACUUUAACGUGAUGCGUGAAACAUGAUGCGUGAAACGUGACGGGCCGCGGCGUUUUUAAGAAAACAAAAAAAAAAAGAUUAAAAUAAGAAACCUGGGUUAUUAUUAUUGUGCGAAUAAAAGCAGAUUUUGUACAUGUGGUGACGAUCGUCUGCUCGCUCGGAGGGGCUGCGGGGAAACUGCUUGUUUGUGUUGUAAGCGGUCGGUGACCGAGCCGCUCGCCUGUAAAUACUCGCCGAUUCGUUAUUCGCAGAGAACGUUCCGGACGGUGCGACGUCGCGUAUCGGGAAUGGGGACCGCGUCUCUGAUCCAGUCCGAGUCGUUAUGAUCCAUCCCCUGAAAAGCCCCUAUCACUCCCAGCCGAGAAAUAAACGUGUUACUCUG